CCAAAGAGAGAAGAAAUGAAGAAGGUGCGCGUCAGAUGGCCGAGGUUUUGCACGGCCUGUGCGGUCGGCAACGGUGGUGCCGGGCUCAAGAUCAACCAUAGCUAUAUUAGAAGCGGCAGCCAUGAAGACGAGGCCCCGAAACCCGGGUUCUCCGGCAGUGGCGAAGAUGAUGUCUCCUCGGGUGGUGCCGGCGGCACCGCUGGCGGCGGCGGGGGGAACAAGGUGAUGGUGGUGGUGGACUCGAGCCUCGAGGCAAAGGGCGCUCUGGAAUGGGCGCUCUCUCACACCGUCCAAAGCCAAGACGACGCUAUUGUUCUCCUUCACGUGGCCAAGCCCUACGAAGGAGAGAGCAGGAGGGAGAUUGAUGGGAGGGCUAGGGAGCUCUUGCAUUCGAUGAAGAGCAUGUGCCAAACGAGAAGACCAAAGGUACAAGUGGAGGUGGUCCUAAGAGAAGGGCAAAAUAACAAGGGUCCGAUCAUAGUGGAAGAGGCCAACCGGCGGCGGGUGUCGUUGCUGGCGAUCGGCCAGAGGAAGCGGUCGAUGAUGUGGCAGCUGACGAGGCGGUGGCCCUGGAGGCGGCUCCACCGCGGAGGAGUGGUGGAGUACUGCAUAGAGAAUGCUGCUUGCCUGACCGUCGGCGUGAGGAGGAAGAGGAGUCUCGGUGGGUACUUGAUCACCACCAAGCGUCACAAGAAUUUUUGGCUUUUAGCUUGAGUUAUCUAAUUAUAUUAGCUUUUCGCCCCUAAUUGUUUAUAAUUUAUUCGAAUUAGAGUAAGCCAUGGGGUUCGUUGCAAUUGUUAACGAAUUUAUGUGAUCUAUAUCUACGUAUAUUUUUUU